AUGAGGACUGAUUAUCUGCAAUUCAGUGCUGAUUCUAAUGCGAUUAAGGAUAUUUGGGAUGAUAUUAGACCUAAAAGCCAAAAAGUCCCUUGGCAUAAUCUCCUUUGGUUUCCAUUGCAUAUACCGAAGCAUUGUUUAAUCGUCUGGAUGGCCAUUCAAGACAGAUUGCCUACAAGAGAUCGUCUGCAAAAUAUGGGCAUUAACAUUGCUGCUUUAUGUGUUAACUGUAGUAAUUAUCCUGAGACUCGAAACCAUCUUUUCGCAGACUGUUCAUUAGCAGAUCGCUUAUGGAAUAUUAUUUUGAAUGUGAAUGGUAUGAAUGCAUCACAUUUGUCAUGGAACGAGAUGGUUUAUAGAGCAAUCACUUCAUGGAAAUGGAAGUCCCAAAUUACCUCUAUUGUGAAGAUUGCUUGGUCUGCUUUCAUCUAUUCUAUAUGGCAGGAAAGAAACCAAAGAAUUUUUCAAGCUCGAUCUAGAUCUGCAGAACAACUUUUUACUGAAAUUUAUGAGGCUGUCCGAUUAAGUCUUAGGGGAAAAACCAUCAAUAGGAUUGAUAGCACUAAUCUUUCCUUGUGUAAUGCUUGGGGCUUAUAG